AUGGCUACUGAACCACUCAACCCUGUCCCUCCACCGCAAUGGGCCGUGGCCUUGAACUCCCCUGCACCGCAACCUUCAAAAGCAGCAUCCCGCAUUCCCGACCCUCCAGGUUUCUCUAGCAGCAAAGUAGGAGGAAAGAACCGCACGCAACAAUCCACAUCCACCGCCGCAUCCAAAUCCGAGGAUACUGAUACGCUGAAGCUGAAGAAAGCGUGGGAGCUUGCUAUGGCACCUUCGAAGCAGAUCCCCAUGAACGCGAUCAUGAUGUACAUGUCCGGAAACAGCCUCCAAAUCUUCAGUAUUAUGAUGGUCUUCAUGCUCUUCAAGGGACCCAUCCAGGACUUGAUCAAUACGAACACGGUCUUUGCUAAAUUCGACACGGAAUCCACACGGGGAAAGCUGCUUGGGGUGAAAGCUGUUUAUGUUUUGAUGCAAUUCGUGCUACUUGCAUUGGGGGUGUGGAAGGUUAAUGCGAUGGGUCUUCUACCGAAUGGCUAA